CUGAAAUUUGUGGCCUAAAACAAAAUUUAUGUUUUUAUUAAUUAAUUAAUGCAGUUAACAUUAUAUUUACAGUUAUGUAAAUACAAACCUGUAUAUGCAGUCAUGUUUUUGUUUAUCAAAUACUAAAAAAUGCAGUUUUCAUUUUUGUUGAAAAAAUGUUUUUUAUUUUACAGUAAAAAAAACGCAUCCAUGGAUACAAAAGAUCCAUCUCUACAAGAUAACACAGAAAUGCAGUCUACCUCCGCUCAAGAUUUUCCACAUUAUCAGGAAACAUCAGUGGCCUGUAAAAAUGAGACGUAUACAGAGGAUGUCUUUGUUCCAUGUAGCUCCGACAGGAACAACCUGCAUAAUCGUUGUCCUUCUCCACCGGAGUCUAUAAUAAUUGCAGAAAUGAUGUCAGUUAAAACUGCUCGGCAUCGUGUACAAGCACCCGCCUACUACAGCGCCAACAGAGGCCAGGAUUAUGCCUUGGAGCCUGAGUGUGGCAUCAGUAUUGGAGUCAGUGAUCCAAUUUACCAGAAUUUCAGCCUAAAUGCUGCUACUGGAGACAUGUCAGCACUUCAGAUCUGUUCUCCUACUGUCAGCCUGCCGCAGGGUGUAGCGACCGCGAGCUCACCGAGCCCUCUGCACAGCUCCCAGAAACUUCCUGAGGAAGCCUCACGCAAGAGGGAGCUCCGCCUGAUAAAGAACAGGGAAGCUGCACGGGAAUGCCGGCGGAAGAAGAAAGAGUAUGUAAGAUGUCUCGAGAAUCGUGUCGCUGUGCUUGAAAAGCAAAACAAGACGCUCAUUGAAGAACUCAAGGCCUUAAAAGACUUGUACUGUCACAAAACAGAAUAAGUACAGAAACAAAUGUUGAAGAUAUCACUUUAAGGACUGUGCUCUUUAGAGACACACUUUUCACUCUUUGUUUAUUCACUGCUUGCAAAUACAAAAAAUGCCAGAUUCACAGCAUUGUUCAUGUAGUUUUAUAUGUUGAUGACUGAAGAUUGUAUAUGAUUGUAUGUGUGUGUCAGGUGGUUGUCUUACACAACUAAUUUGCUGCACUGAACCAGUGAAUGUGGCAUUUGGCCUUUUGUCACUUGUGCUUUUUGCAGGCAGGCAGGUAAAGUCUAUCGCUGCCCAAAAAAAGACUAUUUUUCUAUUUUUUUUCUUUAUGUUAAGUUGUUCUGCAUGUUUGUUAUCCUGCUUUAUGUUGUUUUUAUAGUUAUCUUUGGGAAGAAAGAUAUAUACCAGCAAAAAAAAAUAAUAAUAAUAAUAAAAAAAAACACUGCUUUUCUGUUUUUUACCAAAAUAAAUGUAUCUAUUAUGGUAAUUAUAUAUAAGUAUAGACUAUAUAUUAAAUAAACUGUUAUUUGUGUAUAUUUAAUUGUAGCUACUUUACAUAUAGAUGUAUUUGAACUGAACCUUAACAGUAAACUAAAUAUUGAAGUGGUUUUAGAUCUUUGUCUACGUAAUGAAUUUUAAUCCUGAAUAAAUAUAUUUUUGACACUUAA